ACACUACAGUUCACAAAAUGGAUUGAUUGUGAUGGGAUAAGAACAUAUUGCUCCAUGUAUAUAUCCGUAUGUCAUGGUUGAUGCAACACCUCAAUAUCCUUGCCAGAUAGCAAAUAAGUGUAUGCUCACAAAUCGCAAUUUAAGGUUUUAAAACAAAGCCUUUCACCUACCUAUCACUGUCUCCCGCUCCUAGACUUGCUCUAUAAAAACCAUCUCUACCAUAUCAUCAAUGCAUCAAGUACUCAUUCCCAAUACAAAUCCUAUCACUUGCAAUCCUUCCAAUAUCAUUUAAGCCUUCAUUUAACAAAACCAAAAUGAUGAAGAACCAGUUAGUCUUGUCUUUCUCAAUAGCACUGCUACUUUCAUUUUUGUAUUCCACAACCACUUUAGCCCAAUUAUCACCAGCUUCUGCCCCUCUAAAACCACCUCAACCAGCCCCUACCCCACCAGCUGAGGCACCUAAACAACCAUUGGUUCCCUCGUUGCCAGAGUCACCAAGUGAUUCCACCCCUGACACUGCAGCAGCAGUUGACAUCGUUGGAAUCCUGAGGAAGGCCAAGUCAUUCAACAUCCUAAUCCGUCUCAUGAAAACCACCCAAUUGAUCAACCAACUCAAUGCACAGCUCCUCACUACUAAGGCAGGUGGCAUCACCAUUCUUGCACCUGAUGACAGUGCCUUCUCAGAACUCAAAGCAGGCUUCCUCAACUCUCUUUCUGACGGACAAAAACUUGAGCUCUUACAGUUCCACGUUAUUUCAGAGUAUGUAUCUAGCUCCAACUUUGAUACACUCACAAACCCCGUGAGAACACUUGCAGGGGCUAAACCUGGAAAGGUGGAAUUGAAUGUGGUAAGCUACGGUGGAAGUGUGAACAUAUCAACAGGUGAGGUAAACACAACCAUCGCUGGAAUUAUAUAUACGGAUAAGCAUCUUGCUAUUUAUAAGGUUGGAAAGGUGCUUCUUCCUAUGGACUUCUUUGCAGUGGCCAAGGCACCUGCAAAGGGGCCCUCAUUGGCACCAGAACCUUCAGCAAAGGCUCCUAAACCUGAUAAGGACCCAUUAUCCCCAGAUUCCUCAGAAUCAUCUCAGAUUAAUUCCACAAACGAGAACUCUGGCACUGUGAAGAUCAAUGUGCAUGGAAAGUGGGUGCCCCUUGUUCUUGGACUAGUUCUCAUGACUCUAUUCUCAUCAUAAACCAUAAUAUAAUCCAAGACAUUACAUAUUAUGCGGUUAAUAUUGGAGAGUGCUAUGAUUGCGAUAAAGGAGUGAGUACUAACUACUAAGUACUAUAGUAGUAAAUUUAUGAGAGUGGAUUAGGGAUAUGAGAUUGUUGUAUACUUCUAUGAAUAUGAAUUUAUAAUGUGAUAUGCUAUGAUUGCUUCAAUAUAAUUUUUGUGCACACU